CAGGCGUGCCAUCAAUGGUGGAAAGCCAUCCCUUCCGGCGGUCAAGGCCUUGUGCGAGUGUGUGAGGAAGGCGACCUCUUUGGGCUCUGCCGCGCUGCCUCCCUUGCAACGUCUCUAUGCCUGGCUCCUCUUUGAGACGGCCGCAGAUGUGCAGGAAUGGAUUGCGCAGGUGCGUGCGCACGAAGCUUUGGUCUCUGCUUUGGCGUUGCCCUGUCGGCAAGUCGCUCUUUGGAGCUGUCAUGUCAUCACUGGAGCUGCCAGCAACCACCAGAGGAACGCCAAAGCAUUUGCAAAGGCGGGUGCAGAUCAAGCCUUGCGGGGCUUUGCGGGGAGAUAUGUGCAGGAUGGUGAGGUCGCUGCAGCUGUUACGGGUGCUUUCGCCUCCUACCUGCAGUUGAGCCGCAGCUGAGGAAAACC